AUGAAGCUGUCGACCUUUAUUUCUCUCACAGCUUCCACACUGUCUCUACUACCUUGGACAAGUGCAUGGGAGAUUACAUGGAACGACUCAAACAAUAAAGAGCACACCAGAUCUGGACAUGGGCCCAGUGACUGCAUUGCAAUUCAUAACCCCGCAGGCCAUGUGUUCAAGAUCGAUUCCCAGGGUGAAAACGGCAUCAACAUGCUCCUGUUCACGAACAGCAAGUGCUCUGGAGAUCCAGCCGGCAUGGCAACCGAGGUUUUUUCUAAGGAAGCUUCUCGAGAUCUCCUCGGCUUUAAGGUCGUGAGUCUUUCGUCGUCCACGGCCUCAACCGACUCCACUACCAAGACAUCCGGUAGCCACACUGAAUCGACAUCCCCGACAACUUCGUCGAGCGAGACUGCCUCUGCCAACAGCAGCCAAAGCAAUGGCGAAUCAAUGGCCACUAAGACGACAACACACACAACUUCCACCGCUAGCUCAGCUAUGACAACGUCUGCAACUCCAAGCGGCACGUCUUCUACAACUUCGAGUGCGUCAAGCGUUUCCACGUCUAAUGCGGCUGUUCAGCUGGCCGGUUCAGGUGAGAGCGCCGCCAAGGGACUCAUGGGCGGAAUGUUUGGAUGGGCGCUUUUGCAAUUGAUAAUUUAA